AUGGGCACCGCACACCAGAUCCGCGACAAUGGGGGCGAUCACCACCCGCCGCGCCCUCCCUCCUCCAAAUCAAAUAAAGAUCCCGACCAUGACCACGACCAUGACCACGACGAACACGAUCACGACGACGGCCAUUCUCACAGCCACUCCCACGGCCUGGGCCACCACCACCACCACGACAACCCGUACCUCCUCUCCAAAGACCGCAGCGACCCCGGCGUCCGGAUAACAAACAUCGGGCUCGUCUCCAACCUCCUCAUGGCCGUUGCCAAGUUCAUCGGUGGCUGGGCCUUCAACUCGAAAUCAAUGGUUGCCGACGGCUGGCAUAGCAUGACCGACCUCGCCUCAGAUGUCCUCACCCUGGCCACCGUUUCCUGGAGCAUCAAGCCCCCGAGCGAACAGUUCCCCAUGGGCUUCGGCAAGGUGGAGAGUCUGGGCGCGCUGGGCGUGUCCGGGCUGCUGCUGGUCGGGGGCUGCUACAUGGGAUGGGAGAGCGCCAUCAGUCUCUACGGCCACUUCGACCCUGCGGCGGCGCACACUCUCAUGGAGCACAUUGGGCAUGGGCAUGGGCACUCGCACUCGCACAGCCCUGCCGCCCUAGGGAUACCCAGUAUUCACGCUGCGUGGCUGGCUGCUGGUACGGUGGUCGUGAAGGAAUGGCUCUAUCAUGCUACUAUGAAAGUGGCACGUGAGAAGCACUCCUCCGUCCUCGCCUCCAACGCCAUCCACCACCGCGUCGACAGCCUCACGGGCAUCGUUACCCUCGCCGCCAUCGUCGGCGCCAACGUCAUCGAGACGGCCGGCUGGCUCGAUCCCGUCGGCGGCCUCCUCAUCUCCUUCAUGGUCAUCCACGCCGGCGCCGGCAACAUGGCCGACGCCCUGCGCGAGCUGGCCGACCAGGGCGUCGACCCGGAGGUCAAGGGCAAGGUCCGCAAGCAGGCGCAGCGCGCCAUCGCCAGCCUCGAGGACAGCCGUGACGUAGAGCUCCGCGACGUGAGCGGUAUCAAGUCCGGGCAGAACUACCUGAUGGAUCUCGAGAUGGCCGUCCCAGGAUCGUGGUCCGUCGAGCACGUGCGCAGGAUGGAGGACGAGAUCCGGCAGACCGUCGGCGCCAAGGUCAAGGGUGUCAAGCGGGUCCGCGUGCGGUUCGUCUCGGUGCAGGAGCCCAUUAACGGCCGGUUCGACGAAUUCAUCCACGAGCACGCCCACCAAGGCGGGGAGGAUAAGAAGCCGAAGAAGCUAAACGGGCAUCAGAAGGAGUAA